AUGGCGACAGAAAAUAACUUAACAACCUUGAUCGAAAGGAUUAUGGCUAAUAAUGGCCUUAAUAUUGGACUUCGAUGUCCUAACUACACUUCCCUUGUAGCAGAUUAUAUUUUGCAAAUUGAACUACCAAGAGGCACCAAAGUGUCCAAAUUUACGAAAUUUUCAGGGGAUACUAGUGAAUCGACUGUGGAACACAUAGCCCAAUAUUUGACAGAGGCAAGUGAUUUAGCGAAUAGUGAGAACUUAAGAAUCAAAUAUUUCCCUAGUUCAUUAACAAACAAUGCAUUUACAUGGUUCACCACCUUACCUCCAAAUUCCAUAGAUACUUGGGCUCAUCUUGAGAGAAUGUUCCAUGAACAGUUUUACAUGGGACAAACGAAGAUUACUAAAAAGGCAAGAGCAAAUAAAAAUUACAAGAAGGAGAGAGUGGCCUAUGUUGAGGCUGAAGAUGUUGAAAUUGAAGCCUUUGAUGAUUCAUAUGGCUUUGAUGAAGUCGAAAUAGAUUUAGCUGAAUUGAAAGAGGCACCUCCAUAUUCUUCUAAAUUGCUCACUCUCUCUAAUGGGAAAAACCCUGUCGAAACUGACAAAAAUGACAAAUUCCCAAAGAAAACAUAUACUUUUGAAGUCACCAAGGAUCUGAUUCAAAAUGCUAUUAAGGAUGGUUGUUUGAAGUUUGCUGACAAAGGAAGAAACAACAUGAAGGUUGAUACUAAUCCCCUCAAUUUCGGUGAAACCAACUAUGCUGAACUUGUCGACGUUAACAUGGUGGAUGUGACUGAGACUGAUAUCACGGAGGGGGAGAUGGUUUCAGCAGGAAAGAAAGCUACUGAAAGCCUAAGUAACAAUGUGAUCUUCAAUACUGAAGUUUAA